AGGGCGAGGCGCAAAGGCGCCCGCGUGGGGGCGUGUACGCUAGUUACCAUAGUAACCCGAUGCGCUUGGUGCGGGCACGGACACUCUGGCAUCCCCGAAGAUCUCUUUGAGGAGGGCGCUGCCACGCUUAGGGUGAGCGCUCCGCCCGGGACCGUCACGAUGGGGACUGUGGUCACUGCGCUGUCCGGAGCCAAGGGUUCGGGCACCAGCUUCUCAGACUCCCAGGGUGCUGGCGAUGAGAGGUCGGGACUGCGGCGCGAGACCAGGGCUGGUCAUUGCUUCUCUCCCUCCUAGGGCCUUCCCAUGGCUUCACAGGAGAGGGUGGACGCAGUGACCAAAGGAAACGGGUUCCGGCGCUGCCGUAAGCAGGUCGCUUACACGCCGGGGACCUGCGAGCUGCUCAGAGUGAUGAUGAAGGAGUCCAAACUGACUAACUUCCAGCAACGACACAUCAUGGAUACCAUGAAAAGAGGGGCCCCUCUGCCCCUGCAGUGCAAUCCAACAUCCAGCCAGAGGAGCUCUCCUUCCAAACAGCCGGCUACAGCCACCUACCUGCCUCCCAUCCUGGCUACCCACUCCCACCUCCGGCCUGCAAGCAUGUGCCGAGCCAAUGGGGCAUACAGCCGCGAGCAAUUCAAGCCUCAGGCCACCAGAGAUCUGGAGAAGGAGAAACGAAGACUCCAAAAUAUCUUUGCCACUGGGAAGGACACAGAGGAACGGAAAAAGGCUCCCCAUGUGCGGCAAGAGGACCCAGCUCCUGAGCUGGACCGGUUUGAAGAACUGGUGAAGGAGAUCCAGGACAGGAAAGAAUUCUUGGCUGCCAUGGAGGCUCUGGGACAGGGCAAGCAAUACCGGGGAAUCAUCCUGGCUGAAAUCUCCCAGAAACUACGGGAAAUGGAGGACAUUGACCGCAGUAGGAGCGAGAAGCUUAGGAAGGCUCUUGCCACCACUUAGUCCAAGACAAGGGUGGGCCAGCCCAAUGUGACCACCGGAGCUCUUCACUUCGCCAAGGAGUGCCAUCCCCAGGUCUGCCCACCCACAGGAGCCACACCAGACCAUGACGCGGCACUGUCUUGGAGCACAAGACAAGACACUGCCCAGGGAUGCAGAGGCCUCAGUGGUGCCCCUGAGCUAGGUCACAGCCACAGUGUUGAAGCCUUCUUCUACAGGGGAAAGAGCCCCAGACACACCAGGUUGACACCCAGGCUCACCACGUUGGACAUUUGCCUAAGGCCGCCCUGUCUGGCUCCCCUCCUGCCACAGCUGGCCUCCAGGUGCUCUGUGAACAUGAUUCUGUCCUUCCUAUAUCUUAGGAUCUACUUCUUUGCCUUCUUGUAGCCUUGGGCAAAUGUUUAACCACAUGAUUAACUGGCCAAUAAAACACAUUUAACUUGGUCAUGACA